AUGGCGUUGAAGACUUUCAAAGGAGAAUGGGACGCCGCUCUUGCUUUUGCGGGGGUUGCACUUGAUUCUCCUCAACAACAUAGGUACACACCUUCCCUCAUGGUGGUAGAGGUAGAGGAGUCUUUAGAAACCCCUCCUGCUCUUCCCCAGGUCAAUAUCCCCCAUCCCAAGGUUCCUCUUAUUCCUUCGGCUCCAUCCGCACUUGCAGCUCCUCUUGCCCCCACAAUUGAUAGCCUUUUGAUUGACAUGGAUGCGCUCCUCGAGGAUGAUAGUGUUCUGACUGCCUUCUCUUGUCCCUGUCAUAGCAAAACUUUACUUUGCUUUUUUCUUCCUUUUUUUUCUUUUCUUUUUCGGGGUCUUUAG